GGAGGGCACCUGGAGGGGGUGGCGGUGGAGGGCGUGAGAUGCAGGGGUCAAGGAGCUGGGCUGUGCUACCAGCGUGAGGCUUAGACCUGGAAGCGCAUCCAAGGAAGGAUUGGGAGGCCGAGAAGGGCGGCAGCGGGUCUGGUAUGGGAUGCCGUGGAAAGGAGGGGUCCUCGCCACAGAUCCUGCCUAGAUCUGUGGGUGGGUCCUUCGAGGCGGCCUCCUACCGGGUGCCCUUUUAUUUGCAGAGAAGAGAGUCCCCAUGGUCUCUGUUCAGGUUCUGGAAACUUUCUCAUUGGGUGGGUUUCCUCAGCGACUCCUUUACUUUAGAACGACCCAGGGUUGAUUCUGAUAAGUGGGGAUUAUGUCAGCAAACGGGAAGCCGCUGCUGGGCUUCAUGCGCAAACUCCCCAGUGGGACUGCACCCGGGAAUUCAGGCAAGACGCACUGCCCUUCCUGCUUUGAGCUUUUCCAAGCCCCCCGGCUCUUGCCUUGUUUGCACACGGUUUGCAUCAAGUGUCUGGAGCAGCUGGAACCCUUCUCGGUAGUGGACAUCCGAGGAGGCGACUCAGACACGAGCUCUGAAGGGUCCAUGUUCCAGGAACUCAAGCCACGCAGCAUGCAGCCGCAGAUUGGUAUCCUCUGUCCGGUAUGUGAUGCUCAGGUGGACCUGCCCAAGGGUGGAGUGAAGGCUUUGACCAUAGACCACCUGGCCAUGAACGAUGUGAUGCUGGAGAGCCUGCGUGGGGAAGGCCAGGGCCUGGUGUGUGACCUGUGCAGCGACAGGGAAGUGGAGAAGAGGUGUCAGACCUGCAAAGCCAAUCUCUGCCACUUCUGCUGCCAGGCUCAUAGGCGGCAGAAGAAAACCACUUACCACACCAUGGUGGACCUCAAAGACCUGAAAGGCUACAGCCGGAUUGGGAAGCCUAUACCAUGUCCUACUCACCCCACCGAGGAGCUCAGUCUGUUCUGUGAGCGCUGCGACCGCCCUGUGUGCCGGGACUGCGUGGUGGGGGAGCACCGAGAGCAUCCUUGUGACUUCACCAGCAACGUCAUCCACAAGCAUGGGGACUCCGUGCGGGAGAUUCUCAAAGGCACUCAGCCCCACGUGGAGGCCCUGGAGGAAGCACUGGUUCAGAUAAAAGAUCUCAGCAGUGCGCUCCAGGAGCGGGUGGAGGCUGUGGCCGCCGACAUCCGCACCUUCUCUGAGGGCUACAUCAAGGCCAUCCAGGAGCACCGGGAUAAGCUGCUGAAGCAGCUGGAAGACAUAAGGGUCCAGAAGGAGAACUCGCUGCACCUGCAGAAGGCACAGCUGGAACAGCUGCUGGCAGAUAUGCGGACUGGAGUGGAGUUCACUGAGCACUUGCUGACCAGUGGCUCGGACCUGGAGAUCCUCAUCACCAAGGGUGUGGUGGUAGAACGGCUCAGGAAGCUCAACAAAAUUGAGUACAGUGCCCGCCCUGGAGUGAAUGAUAAGAUCUACUUCUCUCCUCAGGAGAAAGCAGGCCAGUGCCGUGGCUACGAAGUUUAUGGGGCCAUUAAUACCAAAGAGGUUGAUCCCACCAAAUGUGUUCUUCAAGGAGAAGAUCUCCACCGAGCCCGAGAGAAACAGACAGCUUCUUUCACUGUGCUCUGUAAGGAUGCCACAGGAGAGAACAUGGGAAGAGGCGGAGACAACAUUCGUGUUGCUGUUGUCCCUAAGGAUAAGAAAGACAGUCCAGUCAGAACAGUGGUCCAGGAUAACAAGGAUGGGACAUACUUUGUUUCCUAUACCCCCAAGGAGCCUGGUCUGUACACCGUGUGGGUCUGUAUCAAAGAACAGCAUGUGCAGGGCUCGCCAUUCACUGUGACUGUGAGGAGAAAGCACCGCCCACACACAGGUGUAUUUCAUUGUUGUACCUUCUGCUCCAGUGGAGGACAGAAGACUGCCCGCUGUGCCUGUGGCGGCACCAUGCCAGGUGGGUACCAAGGCUGUGGCCACGGACACAAAGGCCACCCAGGUCGUCCCCACUGGUCAUGCUGUGGAAAGUUUACCGAGAAGUCCGAAUGUACAAACACGAGUGGGCAGAGUGCACCAAGGAGCUUGCUCAGGACCGUGGCACUCUGACACUGUGAACUUGGCCUGUUCAAGCUGUAGCCAGUGGGAAUUCAAAUUAUCAGAGUGCCCCAGACCUUGAUUACUUCCAAAGAGACAGAAUUAAAAACAAAGUGCCUUAUCUUA